AUGUCCAACAGCAGCUCCACCACCCAGUUCCUCCUCCUGGCGUUUGCAGACACGCGGGAGCUGCAGCUCUUGCACUUCUGGCUCUCCCUGGGCAUCUACCUGGCUGCCCUCCUGGCCAACGGCCUCAUCAUCACCACCGUAGCCUGUGACCACCACCUCCACACACCCAUGUACUUCUUCCUCCUCAACCUCUCCUUCCUUGACCUGGGCUCCAUCUCCACCACUGUCCCCAAAGCCAUGGCCAACUCCCUCUGGCACACCAGGGCCAUCUCCUACCCAGGAUGUGCUGCACAGGUCUUUCUGUUUGUCUUUUUGAUCUCAGCAGAGUAUUUUCUUCUCACUGUCAUGGCCUAUGACCGCUACGCUGCCAUCUGCAAACCCCUGCAGGACUCAGAGGAGGAGAACAACCAGCAGUGGAUGAGGAUCAAGUCGGGCUACUUGAGCAAACUCACCCCUUUUGCCGGUCUGUAUCCAAGGGUGCUGAGAGAGCCAGCCAAUGCCAUUGUAAGGACACUCUGCAUCAUCUUGGAAUGGGGAUGGAGAUUGGGGGAGGUCCCAGAUGACUUGCAAAGAACAAGAGAUGCAUGCAUCUUCCAGCAAGGCCCAAAGGAUGAGCUGGGGAACUGA